UAGCGCUCCGUUGGGGUUCACUGGAAGCCAAUCAAAUCCAUUUUCUUUCCAACUCUCUCCUCUUCUCCUCAGUGUCUGGACCCAAGCUUGGCUUCAAUGGCGAUGCCAGUUGUCGAUACGGAGUACCUCAGGCAAAUCGAUAAGGCUCGUCGCGAUCUACGCGCUCUCAUCUCCAGCAAGAAUUGCGCCCCCAUCAUGCUUCGCUUGGCGUGGCACGACGCUGGGACUUAUGAUGUCCAUACGAAGACCGGAGGUCCUAAUGGUUCGAUCAGGAGCGAGCAAGAGUACAGUCAUGGCGCAAACAACGGCUUAAAGAUUGCAAUUGACUUCUGUGAAGAGAUAAAGUCCAAACAUCCAAAGAUUACAUUUGCAGACCUUUACCAGCUUGCUGGUGUUGUUGCAGUUGAGGUCACUGGGGGUCCAACUGUUGACUUUGUUCCUGGAAGGAAGGACUCGCUGAUUUGUCCCCAAGAAGGGCGAUUACCAGAUGCUAAGAAAGGGGUACCGCAUUUGAGAGAGAUAUUCUAUAGGAUGGGUUUAUCUGACAAGGAUAUUGUAGCACUCUCAGGGGGCCACACACUGGGAAGGGCGCACCCAGAGAGAUCAGGUUUUGAUGGCCCCUGGACUAAGGAGCCCCUGAAGUUUGAUAACUCAUACUUCGUGGAGCUGCUGAAGGAAGAAUCAGAAGGGCUGUUAAAACUUCCAUCAGACAAGGCUCUACUGGAUGAUCCUGAGUUCCGCCGUUACGUUGAGCUGUAUGCAAAGGAUGAGGAUGCGUUCUUCAGAGAUUAUGCAGUGUCCCACAAGAAACUAUCCGAAUUAGGGUUCAAUCCGAGCUCCAAGACUGGGGUGAAGGAUGCUGUGAUACUGGCACAAAGCGCAGUUGGCGUAGCUGUUGCUGCAGCCGUGGUGGUCCUGACUUACUUGUAUGAAGUUCGAAAAAAGAUGAAAUAAACUAGACUUCUAAAUUGGCCAUAUGGAGUUUAUAUACAUCAUCAUGUAUGAAUUAUUAUUGUAAUAAUGAAAACCCACCAGUAUGGGAGUGGAUGAAUAAAGCUUUCAUUGAAGUA